AUGCCCGUUCACGAGAUCACUAGUCUCCCCGAUUUCCUCGAAAAGAUCCUUCAGUCCCCGGAUCCCGUCGUCCUCGACUGCUUUGCUGAAUGGUGCGGCCCAUGCAAGGCCAUCGCGCCUUUGAUUGAGAAAUGGAGCGAUGAACACACCCACAUCAAGUUCUAUAAGGUAGAUGUGGACAAGGUGGAUGCUGUGGCCCAGGAGCUGAAUGUUCGCGCGAUGCCCACCUUUAUGUUUUUUAAGGGGGGAGAAAAGAUCACGGAAGUCGUCGGUGCCGACCAGCAGCAGAUCUUGGGUCAAAUCACAUCUCUUACU